AUGUACGGAUCCGUGUGGAACCUACUGAGCAUCUACCUGUACAACCCACUGACGUUCUACGUCGACACGUCGUACCUACACUGGAACACCACGUUUCCUGCCAUCAGUGUCUGCCAGGUCGAGAAUAGCGAAACCAUCGCCGAAGUAAGCGAGGAAUACUUUGGAGCCGAUCGAGACCCGCUCGUCGAUAGUCUGAUCACGGACAUUGCGUUCUACGGUGGUACCUGCUACUCCUGCGAAGAGUGUCUCCCGGGCGGUUCCCAGAGCUCCACGGUGGACUGUGCCGUCCUGCGUAACUUCUCCGAGAUCGUGCUGCGUCACCGGGCCGCCUGCGACCAGCUUCUCACCGGUUGCCAGUGGCAGCGGGAGUCGUUCGACUGUUGCAAGCUGUUCCGCCCGCUGGACACCGAGUUCGGGCGUUGCUACAGCGUCAACACGGCCAACGCACGGCCCAAGUUCGUCAGCAACCGGGCGACCGGACCUGGGCAGCUGCGAUUCCGGGUACUCGAGGACGUGCAGCUAUAUCUGCAUGACGAGUUCAGCGUUCCGCACGCAUUCGUCGAUCGGGCGUUGCGCGAGACCGUACUCUGGGGCAUGCGCAAGGAGAUCGCCGUGCGCGUGAUCGAGACGGAAAACAAGGACACGGUGCAGGAGCUGCCCAUCUGGCGGCGCAGCUGUCGCUUUCCUUGGGAGGUCGUAGGUGGCGCCCAUCAGCUGUACCGGCACUACAGCUUCUCCACCUGCUCGCUCGAGUGUUUCCGGCGUACGCAGCUGGAGUACUGCAACUGCACGCACCAUCUGAUGCCGCUAGCCAUCAACCCGCCUGCUGCGGGUGAAGUCAACACUCCUGUAUGCUCAUUCGAAGGGCUUGCAUGUCUCACCGAGCACUCGGUCGAAAUCGCUCAGGCUCGCAAACAGUGCCCUUGCCUGUCGUCCUGCGUCGAGCCGGAGUACUUCGUCGUGUACAAGUCGGAAGACUUCUACCCCGAGUUGGAGGAGGAGGAAGGCCACGUUACGGUUCAGCUGCUUUCGUUGCCCCACGAGCGGUUCGUACGUAACAUCGCGAAGACGGAGAUGGAUCUGUUCAUUGCACUCGGAGGACUGAUUGGCCUUUUCUACGGCAUGUCGUUACUGACAACCAUCGAUUUUCUCAUCAACCUCUGCAGUCUGACGUUCGGCUCGAUCUACCGCCGACAGUGGCCGACGCUGGUGCUGGCCAUGGCGCUGGGCGCCCUUACCGCAACCCUUCGAUAA